UACAAUUUGCUGUUAGUUUUAGAUAUUCAUAAUGGAGAGUAACUUGGGUUAUCAAAAUGGGAGUCAAAGUAGAGAACAAGACUUCCAAAAACUGUCGCAGACCAUCGGUACCAGCAUUCAGAAAAUAUCCCAAAAUGUGUCUUCUAUGCAGCGUAUGGUCAAUCAAAUAGGAACCCAUCAAGAUUCGCCUGAAUUGAGAAAACAAUUACAUUCCAUUCAACACUACACUCAACAGUUAGUAAAGGAUACAAAUGGAUACAUCAAAGAGCUUAGCAAUAUUCCACCUUCUCUAUCACAAUCCGAGCAAAGACAAAGGAAAAUGCAGAGGGAAAGACUUCAAGAUGAGUAUACUAGUGCAUUGAAUUUGUUUCAAAAUGUCCAGAGAAGUACAGCGUACAAAGAAAAGGAGCAGGUUAAUAAGGCUAAGGCCCAGGUGUAUGGAGAACCCCAUUUAAUUGGAUAUAAAUCCAAGGACCAACAACUUAUAGAAUUGCAAGACAAUAAUUCGAGGCAAAUGCAAAUGCAGGAGGAGUCUAAUUUACGGGAAUUGGAAGAGCAGGAACAGUCAAUAAGACAGUUAGAGAGCGACAUCAACGACGUUAACCUAAUUUUCAAAGAAUUAGGAACACUCGUGCACGAGCAGGGCGAAGUGAUAGACAGUAUCGAGGCCAACGUCGAAAGAACCACUGAUUUCGUCAGCCAAGGUGCCCAGCAACUACGCGAAGCUAGUACGUUGAAAAACAAAGUAAGAAGAAAGAAACUGAUCAUGUUGAUCAUCGCUGCUCUAGUGUUAACUAUACUCAUAAUAAUAAUCGUAGUAUCCCUGAAACAUUAAAUUAAAACAGUUUAUUGUGGUAAUGAUAUUAAAAAUGUGAUGAUUUACACGAUUGUGGAAGUAGAUAGAAAAUAUU